CUGUGACUUCACGUUGGCUCGUGCUACGAAGCUCGCAUGCACGUACACCACCCUAGCAUACCUACCCUAGCAUCACAUCCUAGCAGUGUUUUCCCCAAGGGGAAGAAGAGAGCGGAAUGGGAUGGGAACCAGUAUCGAGAUAUGUACGUAGGAAAACGUCCUCAUUCCAAAUUCUGCUAGGCGAAGGAUGACGGAUACUCCCUAAUGCUGUUGCACGGCAUUUCUCUCAGCGGUAUCUUCCCGCGGUGGCUUCGGUGUUUUGUUACCUGCGUUUGUUCCUGUCGUACUGAGAGUUGUGGUCCCGAACACCGGCGUCCCUUGCGGGAUCUAGGCCGAUUAGACACGGGAUUUGGUGGUACGACCGCUAAGGCGAUGAGACUAUGUAUGUAUGAAUACAAAUACAUACAUACAUUACCUACUCAGAUAUCCAUACGCUCGAACCUCGCCAAUGUCCUCGCUCGCCGUCGAAUCUCGCCGGGCGGCACCUUAGGUUGCUACAUACAUAGAAAACCAUACUAUGUACCAACAAACCUGCAGGCCGGGAUGCAUCAAUCCUCUUGUAGACUAGCUGACGAGGGAAAGCCAUGUAACCCUGUAGAAAGGAUACCAAUCGGUAACCCAUGCUUAUGUCCUAUGUUAUUGCUAUCGAUUCUUUAAACCACUUGCCCGUUGCCAGGUAUACAAGUCUGGAGAGGGAUGGAGAGUGAUGGAGACGG